CCACGUGACCCCGGCGCCGGGAUGCUCUUGGGGCCGCCUCGGCCGGUGACGGAGCCGGGCCCUGGGACUAGCAUCAGGACGCAUCGCGCGCGGGGCCCGCAGCUUUGUGCCCGGGCCCCAUAAUGCCCCAGAGCGAUGAAAGGCCAGCGAAGAACUCUGCUCGGCAAACGGGGCCGCCUGCCAGCCUUCUCGGAGAAGUGGGCGUCCGGCUUCGAGGGCCUUAACCGGUCCUGCCUGCUCCAUGCCAAGCAGGAGAGCCGCAGCACCUGGCACAGGCUCUACCGCUCCCUGCAGCGCCGCCGGCAGGCGCUCUGGCUCCAGAGGAAGCGGGCCCACCACUCGCUGCUGGCCGCCAGGACCCGCGCCGCCCUGGCCGCUCCGCCGGGCCCUGUCAGCCCCCACGCCCGGGGGCCCCCCGCGGGGAGCCUGCCCGCCCCCGUCGGGAGCCCCGCCCAGGAAUGCCGGCCGGAGGAGGAGCUGCGGAAGGCGGCCGCCGGCCUGCCAGUGGGCAGCGUGCUGGGGGCGGCCAAUGGCUGCAAGCAGAGGACGGACCCCCAGGAUCCCGGCGGGCUCAGGGCGGCCGGCGGGGAGGGCCGGGCGGAGACCGGCCCCUCCUUAGUCACCCUGAGGAGCCGGAAGGGAAAUGGUUGUUGCUGCCGCUGCCUCCCGGGCCUGGACUCGCACAGGAUGGAGCCAGAGCGGCCGUCCCUGAUCGCGGGGAGGCCCCAGGCCGGCCCGCGCAGGCCCCGGAGGGUGUCCCUGCUCCGGCUCUAUAAGAAACUCUCCAUGAUCAGGUUCCGCUACCGGAUCCUGAGGUCGCCCCGGUUCAGGACGAGGAGCAGAACGUGCAAGCUCCGCCAGGGCCGGCACCGCAGCUGGGUGCAGAAGGUCGCCAGGGACCGUCGGCAGCAGCCCCCGGAGGGCCGCGCGGGGGGCGCCCGGAGCUCCCUCCCUCCCUCGGGACCCGGCAGCCCCUCUCUGCUCCCUCCGGCCCCCUUCCCAGAGAUGGACUGCGGCGGCCCCGCCGGAGAGGGCCCGGAGCCCUGCGGGAGCCAGCCGGACGGCAGCCCGGCCCAGGCGUGGGACCCGGCGCCCGGCGCCGCGCUGACCGGGGAGGGCCUCUUGCUGGAGCAGCUCCCCGAGGACCUUCUCGGCUCAGAAACCGAACCGGAAACCGUCACCGUGGGCCUGGAGGAUCAGGCGAGGGACGGCGGGGGGGACGAGGCGAAGCCGCCCCUGCCCGACCAGCCGGAGGAGGCCGAGGCCCCGGCGGAGGAGCCUGCGUCCCCGAGGGCGGGGCAGGACCUGGAGGGCCCGGACCCCAUGGAGCCGGAGGCUCCCCGCCCCCGCAGCAUCUUCAGUGCCAAGUUACUGGACCACCCGUACUGUAAGAACCCCCUGGAGGCUCCCUCACAGCCCACGGGCCUCAAGGGGGGGCGGCAGGUGGGAGGUGGAAAGAGCGCUCAGAAGGCGUCUCCCGUGAAGGACGAAGAGCUGUCCUCCUGCCUCUGUGGGUUCCUGGAUGAGAUGAUGAAGAAAUACGGCAGCCUGGUCCCCCUUUGUGAGAAAGACGUUCUCGGGAGGCUGAAAGAGGUCUUCAACGAAGACUUUUCCAAUAGAAAGCCCUUCAUCAACCGGGAGAUCACAAACUACCGGGCCCGGCACCCCAAGUCCGCCACCUGCAACUUCCGGGUGUUCUACAACAGGCACAUGCUGGACAUGGACGACCUGGCCACGCUGGACGGGCAGAACUGGCUCAACGACCAGGUCAUCAACAUGUAUGGUGAGCUGAUAAUGGACGCUGUUCCAGACAAGGUUCACUUCUUCAACAGCUUUUUCCACAGACAGCUGGUAACCAAAGGAUACAACGGCGUCAAGAGGUGGACCAAGAAGGUGGACCUGUUCAAGAAGAGCCUCCUCCUGAUCCCCAUCCACCUGGAGGUGCACUGGUCCCUCAUCACCGUGACGCUCUCCAACCGAAUCAUCUCCUUCUACGACUCCCAGGGCAUCCACUUUAAGUUCUGCGUGGAGAACAUACGGAAGUAUUUGCUGACGGAAGCGAGAGAAAAGAAUCGGCCCGAGUUUCUGCAGGGCUGGCAGACGGCUGUGACCAAGUGCAUUCCACAACAGAAAAACGACAGCGACUGUGGAGUCUUUGUGCUCCAGUACUGCAAGUGCCUGGCCUUCGAGCGACCCUUCCAGUUCUCCCAAGAAGACAUGCCGCGCGUCCGGAGAAGGAUUUACAAGGAGCUCUGCGAGCGCCGGCUCUUGGACUGAGGCGGAGCCCGGAGCCCCGACGCCCCUCGGCGUACCUCACCCCAGCCCUUGUCCCUGGCUUGUCUCCUCCACCGCCCCGUAACGUCCCCUCACGCCCUGCUCUGUCCCUCACUGUUGGAUUUCCUUCUCGUAUUUAAUAUUUAUUAUGAGCGCAUGCCCGUCGACCAAGCAUGCGGUGCCGAGUAUCAGAACAAAGCCACGGCGGGCUCCCCGCUCAGCCGCGCCCGGCCCACGAGCCACGUGCUAACGGGCAGGCCCGGAACCUACAGAUGCGGGGUCUGUGUUCGGAUCCCGACCGUCCGCCCGCUGAGGAGUCCUAGAGUCCUCCCCCUCCGGCCUUGCCCUGCCUUGGGGAGCAGCUCUCUCGGGGCUCCCUCGGUGUUGCCGAGGGUCAGACUGAGCCGCGUGUGGGGAGCUUCUGUCCUCGGAGGGUUUGUCACCGCACGUGCCCUUGUCCCUUUGGGAUAAAAACGAGACCUCGGAGCCCCGGAGGACGGGCCGGGACGGUGAGUGCGGCUGAUGCUGGAGGGCCCUGCCCGGGGGCAUCGAGAGACUUCCGUCCAGAGGAAGCGGCGGCAGACGUCUCCGUCCCUUUUUGCUUCCCGUUUUUACAUUGAAAAGCAGGAGCGCCCUGCCCGAGUCGCCCCUCGCCUUAUGUCACCUGCCCGCCGUGCCCGUGGGGAGAGGAAGGCGGCGAAUGAGCAUCACUGUCUUGGCGCUUUGGGAGCCUCGUUCUGAGCCCCCGACAGGGAGGUUCUCCUGGGAAGCACCGGUCAUUGAACUGCGGGACUCUGGCCUGAGCCGGCCUGAAGAGCGCUCGGUCCGGGUUUUCCUUCUGGACUGUCGGCCCCGGGCAGACGUGCCGCGGGCCCAGGAGGGCCGGGAGCUCCACUUCUGGCCUUUCUCAUUCACUCCCUCCCUGCCCUGUUUGUUAGGUAACCCUUCCCCUCCCCCCCGCUUCCCUGGCCUGACCCCCCACCUCAGCAAAGAGAAGUGACCCCAUCUUUGGACACAGAAAAAGCAGAUCUCGCAUCUGGAAUCUGGCUCUCCUCCUAACACGAGCCUUUACAUGAAAAGUGAAAACAACUGGAUGCGCGUGAAAGGGGCUGGACCGUCCGUCUGUCCGUCUGUCCGUCUGUCUUGGAAGAUUAAGAAACACCCAGAGUGGCCAGAGGUGCCCAGAAGCGCGCAGAGUGAACGGCAGGUGCUGCUUGACUUAGGCCCGGGCGCGUGCAGGAGCACGAGAACGCGGUGUCACGUUCCCACAGGGCGCAGCUGAAGGGGGUCAGCGGGCCAGAAGGGCCCGAGCCUCCCCGUCUCCCCACGCCGUCCUCGGGGUCUCACCCCAGCAGAGUAGGGGGCGUAGGCCAGGGCUGCGAAGGGGGCGGCCUCAGCCCCGGGAGGAGAAGGAGACCUCACCCAUCAGUGUCACAACCUGUGUUGAGCUCAUCCUAGUUUGCCUCCCCCCCCUCCCAUGUGUUUGCCCCUGUGUAUUUAUAGCUUUUCAGGACUCCCAGAAAUCCCAGGUGCAGAGGUUUGCUCUCGCACCCAAGCCUCUGUGUUGGAAAACCAAAGCGUGACCGCUGGACAGUCCGAAGGCCUUUGCUACCCCAAAUGCAGAGCCCUCCAGAAGCCUCCCAGCUCCGGGCCCCAGGCCAGCUCGGCCCCCACACGCCGCUCCCCCGGCACGGGAAGUCAGAGCGGAGGACGCCCCGGCAGCGGGGUCCCCAGGACCGAGUCCUUCCCCUUCCCGCCCACUUGCCCGUGGGCCACCAAAGAGCUCGGACGGCAGUGCUGAGACCAGGAGGCUCGAGCCGGGGCUGCGGAGGACUCGGCUCCCCUCGGGGUUCGGCACGCGCCGCCAUCGCGCAGACCCUCCGAGCCCCUCCCUGCCGGCUUCCGCGUAGGUCAGAGGCCGGGAGCAGAGCCGCGCCCUCCGUCCUCCUGACGGCGGGCCUUGUUCCCUCCCAGCAAGGACGGUCUGAGCCGGGGCUGUCGGAUCACUGUGAGCCCGGCCCCGACACGCCCUCCGGGCGCCCAUGGCCGGGUCGGUCUAAGCGCGGGCGCCGUGUCGCGGCAAGCUCGGCGCUCCGUGCGGACUGAACAAGCAGAUGUGCCCUUAACAGCCAGGGGACUGUCCACGUGUCUCUGGCUGCACUGAUUUUUUUUCCCAGAGUUUGCCUUCUGAUUAAUCUACAGUAAAGAACAUGGAACUCGGCCCAUCCCAGUUCAGUGAACUCUCGUUCAGCCCUUUGGAGAGGUUCCACCGGUGAAGACAUUUCCUGUGGACUUUGUCAUGCGGGUCUUCUCCCUGCUUUAAAUAGGGGGGUCUUCGGGGGUCCUCGGGUCCCCCCAGCAAGCAAAGUGAUAGAAAACCAUCGGUGGAGAUCUGGGCCGGGGAGGUGGGGGGCAGGCGGUUCGCUCUCCAUUACUAGAGACAGACGGCCAAGAGCUCGGCUUCCCUUCCAGGAGGGCCGGGGCUUCGGGCCUUCCCUGGAUGGGAGGAGAUGGCCCUGAACCUGCUCCGUGGCUCGUCCUGGGGAGGGAACAGAAAGACGGCUUCCCGCUGUUCCUGGGGAGAAGGGUGACCUGGAACUGACGGCUGACCGAUACGAGGCAGGAAGCUGCUUGGCCAGGGGAGACUGAAAAGUGGAGACGUCCACUGCCGGCACUUGGUCUUGAGAGGAAGGGGGUUUCACCCGGUGCGUCAGACCAAGCUAAACCUACUGUAGAUAAAGGCUGUGAUGAUGUACAAUUCCAAUAUCAAACGUAGUGAACAGUGAAAUGUUGCGGGGGGAGGGGGGGACUUAGUAAAAUAUUUUUUUGAGAAAUAAACUAAUGACUUUAUAAA